AUGGACCCGCUGCAGUUCGCCUACAGGCCGGGCAUCGGAGUCGAGGACGCCAUCAUCUCCCUCCUCCAUCGCUCCCUGUCCCACCUGGAGAAACCCGGCUCCACUGUGAGGAUUCUGUUCUUCGACUUCUCCAGCGCCUUCAACACCAUCCAGCCGAGGCUUCUUAGGGACAAGCUGGAGACAGCUGGAGUGGACUACGACCUGUCCCAGUGGAUCCUGGACUACAUCACAGACAGACCCCAGUUUGUGAGAACCAGGGACUUUGUGUCUGAGGUCCUGACCUGCAGUGUGGGGGCCCCCCAGGGGACAGUCCUUGCGCCGUUCCUCUUCACCCUCUACACUGCGGACUUCAGACACAACACGGACGGUUGUGUUCUACAGAAGUUCUCUGACGACUCUGCCAUCAUCGGACUCAGCUCCGAGGACGAUGACACAGAGUACAGAGGAGUCAUACAGGACUUUGUGGACUGGUGUCAGCGGAACCACCUCCUCAUCAACGUGAGGAAGACCAAGGAGAUGAACCACCUCCUCAUCAACGUGAGGAAGACCAAGGAGAUGGACCACCUCCUCAUCAACGUGAGGAAGACCAAGGAGAUGAACCACCUCCUCAUCAACGCGGGGAAGACCAAGGAGAUGAACCACCUCCUCAUCAACGUGAGGAAGACCAAGGAGAUGAACCACCUCCUCAUCAACGUGAGGAAGACCAAGGAGAAGAACCACCUCCUCAUCAACGUGAGGAAGACCAAGGAGAAGAACCACCUCCUCAUCAACGCGGGGAAGACCAAGGAGAUGAACCACCUCCUCAUUAACGCGGGAAGACCAAGGAGAUGA